UCUCCAGGCAUUAUAUAAGGGUGAAUAGUAGCUUCAGCAUAUGAAUGAGUAAUUGCAAAAACAACAUAUCAAGAUGUUAGAGGGGAAAGCAGUAGUGAGGGAGACAGAUAUGCCAGAGGCAAUGCAGAACCAUGUAAUGGAGUUAGCUUACCAGGCUCUUGAUCUUCAUGAAGUCUCUGAUUGUCAAUCCAUUGCUCAUUACAUUAAACAGAAUUUUGAUGAAGCUUAUGGACCAGCAUGGCAUUGUGUGGUGGGCAAAGACUUUGGAUCCUGCAUUACACAUCUGUGUGGUAGUUUCAUGUUCUUCCACGUCGAGAUGAUGGAGUUCCUUGUCUUCAAAGAUGGCAGAGACUUGAACCAAAGCAAGGAAGAGUCUGUAGGAGUCCUGCAGAAAGCUGGCUAAUUAAGUUGAUCAAAAGCUCAAACUAAUGUUCUGUAUUUUGUGCUGGAUUGUCCAAAUGGCUAAGUGAAACCUUAUUUAAACUACAAUUUUUUCUCAA